CUCUCAAGUCCCAAGCCUCAACUCACCUCACCUCAUUGCCAGCCUUUGCUUACAUACAGCUAGCAGCCGGCCAGCCAGCAAACUCCUCUCCACCUCUGCUGCUAGCUAGCCUUCAGCAGCAACAACCAAAAAAAAAAAACUUUCUUUCGGUGCCACCAGAGCUAGCGAAGCGACAAUGCAGUACGCGGCGGCGGAGCAGGCGUGGUACAUGCCGGCUGCGGCGGCGCCGAUGGCGGAGAGCGCGGUGGCCCGCGUGGAGCGGCUGGCGUCGGAGAGCGCGGUGGUGGUGUUCAGCGUGAGCAGCUGCUGCAUGUGCCACGCCGUGAAGCGGCUCUUCUGCGGCAUGGGCGUGCACCCGACGGUGCACGAGCUGGACCUCGACCCGUGCGGCCGGGAGCUGGAGCGCGCCCUCGCCCGCCUCCUCGGCUACGGCCCCGCCGCCGCGCCCGUCGUCCCCGUCGUCUUCAUCGGCGGCAAGCUCGUCGGCGCCAUGGACCGCGUCAUGGCCGCGCACAUCAACGGCUCCCUCGUCCCGCUCCUCAAGGAGGCCGGCGCGCUCUGGCUCUGAUCGAGCUCCAGGGCCGGCCGCGCGCCAUCGCCCUCCUUGCUGAUGCUGGCUAAUCAAACUAAGUUGAUAGGAGGAGGAUACAUCCGUCGCCAGGGUGAUGGUAGAUGAGUGAGCUAGCUGGUCGAGUUCGUGAUUUCGUGUGUGUGUGCAAGAGAGAGGCUGGUACCGUGUGUGCUUUUUUCUCACUACCUACUGCCUCCGUCGUCCGUGUACGGUGUUUGUGUGGAGUGCCGGUGCGUGCAUGUGGUCAUGUGGUGUUUGACGCAUGCGCUGGAUUUGCUUGCUUGGUGCUACUACACUACUGCGACCACUGUUGUUCAAUUUGAUAUAUCCUUUAAUUUCAGUAGCUUUGUUGGCUCAUCUGACUUUUGUGUUUGUCUACGCCCUGCGUACACUUCUGUUUGUGUUGUUCUUGGUUCUGGAUUUGGGUUGCCAUUCGUUAUCUGACUGAAGAAUGGCUCCGGAGAUGUAGUUUGUUGUGCUUUUACUCUUCUCUUAACCUGUUGUUUGUCAUUG